GCUGAAAAUUGCCUUACAGCGAUCGGAGUGCGGCUGCGUGGUGUCUGGUUAUUCUUUGCGCCUCGUAAAAUUUCAAAACGCGGAUCAAUGUCUUGGGUGAAAAGUAUUCCGUCCAGUGAGGAUGAUGUUUUUGACGAAGAUGAAGAAGAUACUAAUCUCCAAAAGAAAGAAUGGAGAUACAAUAUGGAGAAGCGUUUAAAAGACGGCUUUCGAGAUGGCAUGGACUCCGGGAAGGAGGCGUCCUUGCAGCAUGGUUUUAAUAUGGGCUUCAGGGAUGGAGCCGCGAAGAUGGUCAUCGUUGGGCAGUUGAAAGGAAUCGUGAGUGCAAUGCAGUGCUGGUGUCAGCUCCAGCAGCUGGACCCACCUAGGCUGGCAUCUGUUACCGAGCUCCUUCAGAUCAUAGUGAGGCAUGAGGAUACUAUGAUUGAAAGAAUGCAGAUGGCCCAGCAGCACCUGCCAGCCAGCGUAGGGGACAUCACGGACUGCAUCAGUGACCUCUCUGUGCAGCAUGUUGACUCGUGCUGUGGUGGGGUUCAUUGCAGCGGGAAAAGCUGUCACAGGAGUGAAGGAGCAAAGGAAGACAACUCCACGUUUCCUUGCCCUUCCACGCAUUGCUCAUUGAGCAUGGAGGAAAACCUGAAACAGCUGCUGAAAAGCUGCAUGAACCUGGUGUACGAGCUUGAUUUUCCUGAAGAACUGCUUCAUCAUGUGAAACAAUUGAUGAGUGCAUAGCCCUUUUAUUAUUUUAUGGGCUCACAUACCUGCAAAGCAGAUGUCUGAAUUCAGAGGAACAUUCUCCACGUUUUAUUAUUGCACUAUACACACUUUUUACAGCUAGAUAUUACAUUCAGUAUAGAAAUUCUAGCAGCCUCCCACCACUUUGUAAGGGUUUUAUUUUAAUAUGUUCUGAUUUUUAUUCUGCACUUUUAUCCAAUGUGACUUAGUCUUAGGUUUAUAGACUAAGCUACCUACAACAAUUUUACAGUGGGAUCAUUUUUUACUGUGUCAUAGCAUUUCAGGGUUUCCACAGAGGUUGCAGGAUUUUAGGCAGGAACCUUCAAAUUGUAAGGAAAGAGCUCUGCUAUACAACUUUUCAAAAUGCAUAUUCAUA